AUGUUUAUUUUGGCAUUGCUUGUCGCUUUGGCUGUUUCGAGGACAAAUGGCCAAACUACGACUACUACUACAAGUACAACUACAGUAUCUACAACUACAGUAUCUGCGAGUACAGUAACGGUUGUCUCGACUACGGUAACAACUGCUACUAAUGGUAAGAACUUUCUUCACAAAUCAAAAAAUGGCAAGAACUUUCUUUACAAAACCCCAAAAUUUAAUUUUCAUACUCAUUUUUUGACUCCCAUCACUUUAAAAAAACGUUAUUUUGACUGCACGGUGCAAUGAUUUUCCUUGCACUGUGCUAAUUUUACUAUGGUUGAAAACCGGUAUAUCUUAUAUUGCCUAAUAUUUUGUUAGACGUCUUAUAAAGAAUGGCAAAAAUUUUGCUCGGUGCAAAAAAAUUUGAGUGCGCCGUGCAAUAUAUAAAAUACGACUGGCUGACUUGUAAAUCAUAUUAAAAAUUAAAUUUUAAAAAUCUUUUGAUUUUUAAUACUCAAAAAUUCCAAAUUUCAAAAAAUUAAAAAAUUUUAGUGACAACCGGCUCCACCACCUCACAAGUCUCUCAAAUGUGUACCGUAGUCAACGGUAUCGACAGUACCAUGUUGUCCUACUUUGACAACACGACCGGCCUUUGUUACGUGGUUGCGGGCGCGGAUCGCGUCAACUACUCGAGCACCGUUCAAAAGUGUACCACUUUAGAAACUAGUGCCGAUGGUAAUUGGACUUGUCGUGUACCACAAAUUGAUGAGCCGACUGUCAUCAACCGACUGCCUACGGCAAUGCAGGCUUCUUACUACUUCAUAGGCUUAACUAGACCUAGCUGCAAUGACUCGUGGCAAUGGACCAGCGGUACCAAUAGUACUAGUGCUUAUGCGGGGAAUUUUAGUGUUCUGGCGGAGGGUGAUGAAUGCACUUACAAUAAUUAUGUCAUCUCGACGACGGGUGUUACACCGGCUACCAGCAAUGACACCACCGAGACAUUGUGCGAAUGUGGUAGGUUUGGUGGAAAGAAAGUUCUUGCAAAAAUGUUUUUAAAACUAUUAUAUAAAUUCAGAAUGUUACUAAAGAUCUUUUUUAAACUUGUAAACAAAGUUUCUGCAGCUUUAAAGCAAAAUAAAAGGACUUUUAGAUUCUGCAGGAUGCGGGUGACAAGUUAUACGAUGGGUCGCCUUUUUUUUGUUUUGUAAAGAAAGUUCUUGCCAUUUUUUGAUUUGUAAAGAAUGUUCUUGCCUUAUUUUUCAUUUUUCCAUACUUAAAUUAACAUAUAUUCCUAGAAGCAUACUAUUAAAAAUGGCACAUAAUGAUUACAGGUCUUGGCAUAAAUGGCAGUUUACUUCCUGUUUCACGAGUUUACAUUAUUGCGCCAUUACUACUGAUCCUACAUGUGUUCUCCUUGUUAACAUGA